AUGGAUGCUACUCAGAUGAUCAGUGACUCAAUCUUGGAGUCAGAUGAAGAAGAAAAUGAAGAGGAGAAUAAAGAUAAGAGGGGGCAACCACUGGCUAAACUGCGCAUCCUAAAGAAUGAGCACAUCCCUGCAGCAGAGUUGCCCCUGUUUUCGGGGGAAAAUGUGCUUGGUCGUGACCCCAACACCUGCACCCUGCCUUUGCCAGCAUCCUCCGUAUCAAAGCAGCACGCCAUCAUCUGCAUCUCUGUCCACAGGAGAAGAGGAUGUCACAGUGAAGUGGAUAUGGAGGCUUUGGUAUGGGACCUAGGGAGCAUGAAUGGGACCCGCAAGGGCCGCUUAAAGCUGACCCCAAAUGUACGCUACGCCCUUAGUGAAGGUGACCGUGUGGUGGUGGCAGACAUCCCAUGUCAGUAUGUGAGUUGUGCUGUAGACACAGUAUCCUCUCAAGGGGACAUGAGGACUCCUGUGAGCAGAGAUUCAGGGGUAAAAGCCAUGCUGCCAGAUGCCUCGAGAGAAAAGGGAGGUGACACAAGUACAGGCAGUAAGAAAUAUGUCAAUGAAGGUACAAACCCAUCAGCCAUGGUUUCAUUACGUGAUCCAGAGGAAACAACGAAGACUCCUGCCAGAACCACUUGCCUGUCUUUCGAACAAACUCCGACCCAGCCCCAGGGGUCCCUGGUCCCAGAAUCUGACUCAGACUCAGAUGGAGAAAGAGGGGGACGAAAAGAUGGAAGGCGCAAGCCUCAAGUAUCAGAUUCUGACUCUCAUAAAUCCAAUCCCACCUGCUCUACAUUCUUGAGUCCCACAAACAAAAUUGUUCCUGAAAGCGAGGAUGAAAGUCCCAUCACACCGUCCUCUUCCACUAAAAAUAGGCCGUACACACACGUCAGCUUCUGCAAGGAGCUGCCAGACAUAGAUGUCGGGCGACAGCAGCUGAAGAAAAAAGAGACAUUUGCGAUUGUGGACGACAGUGAAGAGGAGCGAGAGAGGGAGGAGGAAAGAGCAACACCAGGAGGGAGAUUGCUUGAGGAGAGUGGACAAGAUGUGCUAGUGAAGCAGGAAAACACUGUCAGUGUUACAAGAGAAGAGGAAAUGCCUCUGUCCACAAGAGCAGUCGCCACAGAUGUGAUCCCUGCAUUUAACAUGGACAGUGACACUGAUGUGGAGGGAGAGGAGGAAAAUGAGGCUUCUGUGGCUCCUGUGACCUUGAAUGCAAAUCAACAAGCUGAUCAACCACCAAACACGGCCCAGUUUCACAUGGACAGCGACACAGAUGUUGAUGAGGAUGAAGAUACCUUUGACAAAGGUCCCAAAUCUGUGCUUUUCUCUGGUGACAAUACCAAACCUCCUCAUGCUGUCCCAGUUACUCAGCCUGAGGGCAUCACAAUGGACAGUGACACUGAUGUGGAUGAUGAUGCUGAUAUGUCAGACACUGCUGCAAAAGCAAAACCCACAUCCUUACUGAGUGCACACACAGCUGAUUCUGCUCCUCUAACGCAGCCAAAAGAUUUCCACCUAGACAGUGACACAGAUGUUGAUGAGGAAGAGGAAAAUGAAUGUGGAACUAAUAACACAUGCUCUGAAGUCGAUGAAGCACCCAUUAGGACAGGUUUAAAGCCCACUGGGUCUGAAUCUGCCCCUGCUGCUCCUCACAGCCUGAACAUAGACAGUGACACAGACGAUGAGGUGAUCUCUGCCCCUGCUAUUAAUGAACCAUUGGUUGUGCCUGCUGUUACAGAUUCAUGCACCAUUGCAGCUGCAGGAACAAGUGACAGUGACACAGAUGCAGAAGAGGAUUCUCCUCUGGUUAUACCCAUUAAUAUCACAGCUUUGUCAGGCACUCCCGAUACCACGUUAGCAGACACUCAGUCAGAUUCUGAUGCAGAAACAGAUGUGGAUGAGCCCAGCGUGCCCCCUGCUGGAGAUGGGCACAAUCCAGCUGACCUCAAACUGGACAGUGAUACAGAUGUGGAGGAUAAGGAGGCGGACCUGGGAGAGGCAGGAGAGGACCAGAUCCCUAGCCUACACAGACAAAACACAUCUGGAUUGCCGGGUUCUCUAUGGCAAAAUUGCUCUACUCCUGUGCAAAUUUCAGCAGGAGAAGUGGAAGAGAUGGAAACUCAGGCCUUCCUUAGCCCCUCUUCAGGUCCAUUUAGACGUGCAGUGGGCCCUGCUGUAAGACCUGUAGUGUCUUCCUGCUCAGACAGCCAAGAUGAGGACUUUGUUGUGGCUGAGACACAGUCCUUUAUUCUUCAGACCCGUAAUGACCAUGCCAUGGACCCAACCCAAGCGUUUUGUCUUGAGUCUUCUGGCGAUGAAAGAGAUGGACAACCUAGUAGAGGAGGGUCUUUCCAGCUCGGAUUGUCUGACAGCAGCCACCUGCAGUGUCAGGCUGCAGCUCUGGCCAUGGAGAGCACCCAAGAGUUUGUCUCUGUGGGUGGAGGUGUGAAUAUGGAAGAUACCCAAGCUUAUGCAGCCACCUCAACUUCAGACAGAACAUCAUUGGAGAAUGAUCCAAACCUGGAGGCCACCCAGGCCUACGGAGGGGAUGAGGAGCCUGCCAGAAGUCCAGUGACAUUUGAGAAGGAAGGUCAGCUAGAUUUGGCUCUACAACCAACACAGGCAUACAUUUGUGGGCCCUGCCAUGAUUCAGAGGACGAAACGGAGGAAGAUGAUAGAAAAAACCUUACUACUGCUGAGACUCUACCUUUAGACUUUCCCACCUCAUCUACUCUUGCCAUGGCUGAAACCCAACCAGUGUGUGCCUAUAGGGAAGAGGAGAGUUUGGCAACAGUGAGUCACAUUUCCUCUAAAACAGAAGUUAUGGUGGUACACCGGAUGGCAGCUCAACCUGAGGAGAUGCCUGUGAGUGGAGCUUUGUCUAUAGCUGAAACUCAGCCCAUAUGUACAAGUGAAGAUGAGGACUCGAUUCCAGGUCCACGAAAAAGAAAAGCAAAGCAGCUUGAAGAAGAAACGCAGCCCAUCACUAGUUUGGACUAUUCUGCUGUUGAAACCCAGCCAAUGCAUGUAGGUGCAGAUGAAACUCAUUCCGUAGCUACAAGUGGAAAUGAGGAAAGUGAUGAUGAGGACUCGAUUCCAGGUCCACAGAAAAGAAAAGCGAAACAACUGCGACUUGAAGAAGAAGAGACGCAGAUGCUUGUAAAUUCUGAGCGCUCUGCUGCUGAAACUCAGCCCAUAGAUACAUGUGAUGAUAAGGAAAGUGAUGAUGUGGACUCGAUUCCAGGUCCACGAAAAAAAAGAAAACCAAAGCAGCUUGAAGAAGAGACGCAGCCCAUCACUAGUUCUGACUAUUCUGCUGUUGAAACCCAGCCAAUGCAUGUAGGUGCAGAUGAAACUCAUUCCGUAGCUACAAGUGGAAAUGAGGAAAGUGACGAUGAGGACUCGAUUCCAGGUCCACGAAAAAAAAGAAAAGCACAGCAGCUUGAGGACGAGACGCAGCCCCUCACUAGCCCUGACUAUUCUGCUGUUGAAACUCAGCCCAUAGAUACAUGUGAAGAUAAGGAAAGUGACGAUGAAGACUUGAUUCAAAGUUCACGGAAAAGAAACGCAAAGCAACUGAACCUUGAAGAAGAAGCGACGCAGGCACUCUUAAAUUCUGAGCUCUCUGCUGCUGAAACUCAGCCCAUGGAUACAUGUGAAGAUGAGGAAAGUGAUGAUGAGGACUCGAUUCCAGGUCCUCGAAAAAAAAGAAAAGCAAAGCCGCUGCAGCUGGAAGAUGAGCAGACACAGUCCCUCACCGGGUCUGUUGUUCCUGCCGAUGGAACCGAAGCCAUGCUCACAGGUGAAGAUGUGGAAAGUGAAGAGUCUAUUGUAGGUCAACGAAAAAGAAAGGCAAAGCCACUGCAGCUUGAGGAAGAAGAGACCCAGUCGCUCACAAUUUCGGAGGCAUCUACAGUUGAAUCUAAGCCAGUGAGAACAAAUACUGACACACAAACUCAGAGAGGAAAGGGGGGACCAUCUGAAGCUGGAACCAGUUGCAUCAGCGUUACAAGUAGAAGAGGAACAAGGGCAAGAUUAAGAGAAGAGGAGAAGCAGGCAGAAAGUUCUGAACCUCCCAGGAGACAGACAAGAGGGAAUAAAGCUUUUCUAAGUACUAGAGGAAGGAUGCAAAAAUCCAGGCCUGAUGAGAGCGAGGAAAAGGAGAAGGUAGGGCAGCCUAAGAGGACUAGAGGGAAAACAUCGUUGAGGCAACAGAGAGAUGAUGGGAAAGAAGAAGAAAAGCUUGAUAUUGAAAGAAAUGAGCAGCAGCAACAACAAGAAGGGAUGUUGGGAGAGGAGAAAGAUGUUGCAGAGCCCAGACAACAAGUGAGAGAACAAACAGAGGAGGAAAGGAGGAAGAUCAAUGAGGAAACAGAGAGACAACAGUGGGAAGAACAGCAAAGAACAGAAAGGACAAGGCAAGAAAAGGAAGAACAAGAACGAUUACAAGCUGAAAAAGCAGAGAGGUUAAGACUUGAACAGGAGAGAGCAGAAAAUGAGAGAAUAGAUCGGGAAAGACUAGAAGAAGAAGAAAGGGAAAGAGCUGCUAGGAUACAGAGGGAAAAAGAACAAUUAGAAAGAAAAGAGAAGAGUGAAAAAGAGAGAUUAGAGCGGGAAAAAGCAGAGAGAGAAGAAAAGGAUCGAUUAGAGAAAGAAGAGAAUGAGAGAAUACAAAGUGAAAGAAAGGAACAAGAGGAAAAUGAAAGAUUAGAAACAGCAAAGAGGGCAGCAGAAGAGCAAGAAAGACUUGAGAGGGAGAGGAAAGAACGAGAACACCAAGCAAGGCUGGAGACAGAAGAAAAGGAAAGAGAAGAAAGAGAAAAACUGGAAAAAGAAAAACAAGAAAAGGAAGCAGAAGAAAAACAAAGAAAGGAGCUACAAGAAAUCAAGGAAGAAGUGAAAACACCCAGCGAUGAUGCUCCAGCAAGGAGGACCAGAUCUCGCUCCAACUCUUCCAACUCUGUCAGCUCUGAGAGGUCCGCUCUAAGUGUCAACACCCAGGGGAGUACAGGGAGAGGCCGAGGCCGAGGUAGAGGAGCAAAGAGGACCAGCGAGCCAGUACAGGCCCCCCUCCCAAGAGGCAACAACAGGAGGAGGACAGUGGCUGCAGAGCCAUCUGGCCAGGGACAAACAGAACAGGACAGCAAUGAUGUUUCUCCUCAAGGAAUCCUUUCAAGGUCCAACUCCUCCAACUCCCUCAACUCUGAGAUUUCCAUCAGCACUCCCAGCUCUCAGAACAGAGGAAGAAGAAGCAGGCAGCGAGGAAGAGGGAGGAAAACAGAGACUGAGCCCACUCCUCUUGUAAGUUGUCAGAGUGAUCAGAGUUCAGCUCCCAAACCCACAGCCAGAGGCAGGAAGAGCAGGAAAGCAGAGGUGACCUCCAAUGAGGUUUCUCAUGAUGGUGAUAAAGAGAAGGCAGAGUCUCAGCAGCCUAGUACCACUAGGGGGCAGAGACGAGCUAAUGUCAAUGAGCCUGAACCUACAGCUGCAGAUAAGGAAGGCCAGACAAGUCAUGAGGAAGGAUGUGCCAAUGAACACUCACUUCUGGCUAAAAGGACUGUCACGGGAAGAAGCCAAAAAGCAGUAAAAGGUGAAAGUGUAGAGAUACCAGCCGAGGCAGCAGGGGGAGAUGCAAAAGAGGCUACCACACAAGCUACAAGAAGAGGCAGAGCAUCCAGUGUUCGGGGGAGUAAGAACGCCCCCCCUGAAGCGAAGGUGAAAGAUGAGAGUGAGAAAAUGGAGGAGGAGAUGGUUGAGAGGAGAGGCAGAGGCCGGACAUCAGUGGUCCAAAAAAAGAAGAAAGAGGUGCAGGAAAAAAGUGUCAAUUCCACUAACCAGGAUGCAAAUAUGACAUCAGAGCCUCAGACUCCAACCAGCCGGAAAAGACAGGCCCCUGUGGACUCCUCUCCUAUGGCAAAGACCCCUCGCUCUUCCUCAUCUUCCCCGGCAGCUGGAGGUCGACUACGAGCUGCCAGCCAGACCUACAAGGUGCUGUUCACUGGGGUCGUGGAUGAAGCAGGGGAGAGAGUGCUAGCUCGUUUAGGAGGCUGCAUGGCUAAAGGCGUGGCGGACAUGAACUGUCUGGUCACUGAUAAGGUGCGCAGGACUGUCAAGUUCCUGUGUGCAGUGGCUAAAGGAGUCCCCAUUGUCACCACACACUGGCUGGAAAAGAGUGGUAAAGCUGGGAGCUUCCUGUCUCCCAGUGCUUUCGUUGUGAAUGAUCCAGAGCAGGAAAAGAAGUUCAAUUUCUGCCUGCAGGAAUCUCUGAGGGUUGCCAGCAGUCAGCCACUCUUACAGGGAUAUGAGAUCCACGUUACAAAGUCAGUGAAGCCAGAGCCAGUUCAUAUGAAAGACAUCAUUUCAUGCAGCGGAGCCACAUUUCUUCCCAAGAUGCCUUCUACACACAAGCCCCAGACUGUAGUGAUUUCCUGUGAGGACGACUGGUUGCUGUGCGGCCCGGCUGUCUUAGCGUCUCUCCCAGUCGUCACUGUGGAGUUCAUUCUCACAGGGAUCCUCCAGCAGAUACUUGACUUUCAGACCCAUAAGCUCUCUGGCCCUAUAGCUAACCUGCAACCUGCCAGAGGCAGAGGGAGGGGCAGGAAGAAGACAUAGCAUCGACAGGUCUGCUUGUGAAAACAUGCGCAAUUGUGCGUCACCGUAUGAAAUCUGCGCUGGCAGGGUUUAUCAAUCACAAAUAGAUUCCCUUUUAAAUCAGAGACCGGUAGAAACACUAGUGACUUAGUUGUUCUGUCUGUAUGAAAGACUUGAGAAUGUAUUAGCAAUAUGCAGCAAAAUUGUUUAAUGUUUACUUGCAUUUUGUACUUUUUGUAUGUACAUGUCAUUUUACAGUGUUAGUGUCUAAUGUUAAAAUCUCAUUUAACAUGCACAGCAGCCUGGUUGUCAAAAGACUGAUAUUGAAAUUUAGGGAUUAAAGGACACAAUUGUUUCCAGCCUUGACAAUUCCACUCUUUAUCUUUUUUUCUUGUGUAUUCUUUUGCCAAGAAAAUUUAGUUUUUGAAGUUACUAAAGCAAACGGGUGAGGAGGAAUAAUUACUCAUUAACCAUCCAUGUCACGUUCCCCUCUGCUCCUCCCCUGUGCUCUACCCCUCGCUCUGUACAACAAUGACAAGCGGAAUAGGAAUUAAGAGAUUGUUAAAUUGUUGCUACUCUCUGCACUUUGCAAGAGCUUUGAUGCAAUCAGCUAUUUUGGCAAGUAACCAGUCAUGAAGUGGGAGUUAUAAAAAAUAUGAUAAAAAUGUGGAAAACAUUAAACGGUAGAAGCGAUGGGUGUGUUGAAAUCUGUAAGCUUCGAUGGCCAGUAGAUGAGAAAGCUUAUUCCGUCCUGAUAAGAAGCGCUUAGUGGCUUUUCAUACUGAGGCAAUCAUGAACCUACCAGUGUGUCUGUUGCUAUCUCCAUUUACCAGCACCACCACCUACUCCAUUAAGGCUUCAUCCAAUCCCGUUACAUUCAGGGACGAGACACAAUAUAUGCACCUAACUGCUGAUGCUACUUCUACAUCAAUAUCUUAUGGCGUUUGUCCUUGCCAUUCAUUUGACCGCUGUCUGUUCACUUUUUCCUUUUUUUUGCAUAAACCUUUACUUCCACAACCACAUGUGCUUAUGAUAAAAAAAAGUAAUAUUUUGUUUCUUUCAUGAACCUGAUGUAAGUCUUUGUGACUAUUUUUUUUUUUUGAAUUUCUAAUUGCUAUUAACUUAACACCAAAACUGUAUGUGUACUAAAUCAUGAUAUCUGUCUUUAUUAGCAAUGAAAACAUGAAAUCAUUUCUUAUUACCUUUAACCGGAUGUGUGUUCACUUUUACAACAGUGUACUUCAUUUGCAUAUUUUGAUGCAUUAUCUGUAAGAUUACUUUAUUGUGAUUUUUUUCUUACUCUUGUGAAAAAUAUUAACUGUCAUUGGAGAUGAAAGAUGGAAAUAUGGAGAAAAAAACUGCAUUUGUAAAGAUUGUGCUUCUUUUGAGGUUUGGGACUCAAUGAAGAAUCUUGACUGAAGAAAAUCUCUCUUAUUCCUUUAA